UAUUUCAUUCAUAAGCAGACUGGACACACACUGCACAUCUUGCAACUGAGAAAGACCUAAAGAAACUUCUUUCUUCCUUUUAAUCGUCCUACCAAUUCUGGCCUUACUGAAUAAUAAUUGAAACUCAUAUGUUGUGAGUAGCUUGCCUGGCUUUAUUUUUCUGAAUAGAGCAGUGCUGAUGAUUUGAUGUCAGGAAAGUGCAGCAGUCACACCGAGCAAUGUCAUCGGAAGUACAGAAGAAUCCUGGCACAGUGCAUGUAACACGGUCCAUGUGAGCUUUAAAGAGAUUCUGGCUGACAGAUAGCCCGAAGAACAUCCCCCUUCAACUGGGCAACUGGGAGCUGCAGCAGAUGUUUUGGGCCAUGGACAUCUCCAUUAGUUAGAGGUACGAAUGAAGCAAUGAGGCACUUUUCCUGCUGUGAGUUUACAACAAUAUGCCAAGACGAAGAAACCUUCUCACUGCAAUCCUCAUUGUUUUACCCUGGACCAUACUCCUGACCAUUUGGCAUCAGAACUCAGGGGUUUUCUACCUGUCCAUUCAGAGAAAGGAGCCAGACAAUGGAACUAAAAGAGCACUUGUCAACAGCUCGCAAAACAAAGAGGAACAAGGUGGCUGCGUACACCAGGAUACAACACUUACUCAGCAGGUCAUCAAACUGGAAUACAUAUACACAAGACCACCCCAGUGGUCCCAGUCUUUACCAACCAUCUAUGUCAUAACACCAACCUAUACUAGACCAGUUCAGAAAGCAGAACUGACCAGGCUAGCUAACACUUUCCUCCACAUACAGAACCUGCAUUGGAUUGUGGUUGAGGACUCUCCUCGGAGGACCGGCUUAGUAGCACUGCUGCUAGAAAAGAGUGGAUUGAACUUCACCCACUUGAACGUACAAAGCCCAAAAAGCGUGAAGCUAGGCCUCAGUAAAUCAUCUUCUCGCACUCCUAGGGGGACUUUGCAACGAAACUUGGGUCUGCGCUGGCUGAGAGACAGAUUGAGCCCUAAUGACUCAUCAGAGGGCGUGGUUUACUUUGCUGAUGAUGACAACACUUACAGUUUGGAACUCUUUGAGGAGAUGCGAUUUACAAAAAAGGUUUCAGUAUGGCCUGUGGCUUUCGUUGGUGGACUGCUAUUUGAGUCUCCCAAAGUGAACACUGCAGGAAAAGUCGUCGGGUGGAAAACUGUCUUUGACCCAAAUAGACCUUUUGCUAUUGAUAUGGCAGGGUUUGCCAUUAAUGUUAAGCUAAUACUGAUGAAAUCUUCAGCCAACUUCCAGCUGUAUGGAGUCAAGGGAGGAUACCAGGAGACCAGCUUGUUGCGGGAACUUGUAACUUUAACAGAGCUGGAGCCGAAAGCUUCAAAUUGCACUAAAAUCCUUGUGUGGCACACUCGGACUGAAAAACCAGUUCUAAUAAACGAAGGAAGAAAUGGAUUCACUGAUCCAAGAGUGGAGGUGUGAACUGCACUGAAAUGGGAGGCAUUUUCUGUAUCGUGAUGAUUCUCUGCCAAUUGACAGACGCCGUAACAAAGUUUCAAGCCAUGCUACCCUUCCUUAAACAUUAUUUUUAAAAAACUAACUUGUCCUACUAAGUUAUUCUGUGUUUUCUUUUAAAUUAUUAAAAAUAGUGUGCAGCUGA